AUCAAUGGCGCGAUGACGCGACGCCGUACUACAAAUGGCGGAUAAUGAAACAGCUGUUCACGCCACCGUCGGCUCGACAUCUAGCGGAGCGCGGGCGCGAUCCGGCACGCGUCGGCGACGACGUCGACGUUGGAUACGCUGCGACGAGGAAGCGCGUAAACGAGGUGCUGGAAGAAGGGCCAGGACAGCGGAGUCCGCUGGUGACCUGUCCAAGAGGAACAUGGCUGCUGGCUGCUGCGGAGCGAAGAAGCAGAGGCUGGGCGGUGGCGGCGGCGGCGGCGCGGCCUCGAGCCUAUCACCGUGCGACGGCACUGCCAUACGGCACGGUGUUCCUCAAUCGAGGAAACCUACAACAAUCGCCCAACCGGAGAUGGGUUUCUUCUGCUUCGAUGUGCUCUAUUGCCAGUUGCACCAGCUGGAUCCGCCGAAAGCGCCCAACUUCAGCAACGAAGCGUUCCCUUUAUUUGUGACAUGGCAAAUAGGAAAAGAUAUGAGAUUACGAGGUUGUAUUGGUACUUUUAAUGCGAUGCACUUACAUGCUGGGCUACGCGAAUACGCUACAACUAGCGCAUUCAAAGAUUCUCGAUUUAAUCCGAUAACUCGGGAUGAGCUGCCGCGCUUGCAUGUAAGCGUGUCGAUUUUGCGGCAUUUUGAGGAUGGGGUUGACUAUUUAGAUUGGGAAGUGGGUGUGCACGGAAUUCGCAUAGAAUUUCACAAUGAGAAGGGUAACAAACGGACAGCUACUUAUCUGCCCAGCGUAGCUAUGGAGCAAGGAUGGGACCAGAUACAAACGAUAGAUUCUCUGCUACAUAAAGGUGGCUUCAAAGGCUUAGUCACACCCGAUAUCCGUCGUAGCCUGAAACUGACUCGUUAUCAAAGCGAGGAGGUCACUGUGAGCUAUCAGGACUACAUGACACAUUGUCACAAUCGAAGAUGCUAGCAAAUCGCCUGGGGUCCCAGCCAGGGACCCCAGCUACAGCAAUCCGCUGAGGCUCGUUAUAACAUACACAUGGUCAAUUCGUCUCAUUUGCAAAAUGAUAACAUUCGAUACAAUUCCUAUGCAUCUGCUCAGCAGACGGUCACGCAACGACCGAAUCGCUCGACAUUCGUAUAUCCAUUACCCUUGCCUCCAAUUCCCCCCGUUAUGGUACCGGUAUGUAACAAUCCACCCCUCUGGUGGGAUAACGCGGGUCCGUCCUAUCUACCUGCACCGCUUUAUCCUCGACCACCGCAUCGCUUCCUGACGCAAGAAGCUGCGGAGCGCGGGGUACGUAAGCGAAAAUGACAUUGGAGGCGAUUAUUUCUCGCGAUUUUCCACUGUUUAAAGUGGUGCGUGUUUCUGUGUCUUAGUAUGCAUAGCCUCCCAUUUAUGAUACCGCGUGCUCCGUCUUGAGGAUAAUAAUAAAUAUUUUAUAUGUGAUGAUAUCGUCUGAUUAUCGACAUUAAGAAUAGAUAAAAAAGAUAGAUAAAAAAAUUUAAAACUUGAUCAAAAUAUUUAUAUUAAUUAAUUUAAAUAUUUAUAUUGUUUUUCAAAUACUUUCAGUUAUAUCAAAACAAUUUCCACGAGUUUUGUCGACUUCGGUAAUUAAAUAAUAAUGAAAAAGCUUAAACGUAUAAUUAUUCGUUAAUUCUACUUUUUCAUAAAUACAUUUAAUUUUUCUUUAGUAACAAUUGAUGUUGCCAUUAUAUUAUAAAGAAUUUACAUUAAUAUAAUAUAAAAAUAGCAAUGAGCACUUUUGUAAGACAGUGAUUAUGCCUAAAAUUCACUGCCUGCUCUCACGAUAUAAUGUACAAAACAACGUUGGAAAUAGUCCAUUUUUUAAAUAUAUGACAUAAUAUUCUUAUAUACUAAAA